CCUCCUUGAAGGCCCCACUCCGGGUGCCCCCCCUGCCCAGCCCUGCCGGCCCGUGCCGAGGGUCCACGCCUUCGGGAAGGGGGGGCAGGCGCCGCGCAGGGACCCCCGCACCCCCCCCGCCAUGCGGGGCUGGCUGCACAAGCAGGACAGCUCGGGGCUGCGGCUCUGGAAGCGCCGCUGGUUUGUCCUGGCGGAUCUCUGCCUCUACUACUACCGGGACAGCAGCGAGCAGCGAGUGCGGGGCGGGCUCCCCCUGCCCGGCUACGAGAUCCGCGUCCUACCCCCCGCCCCCCGCGCCCCCCAGUUCCUGUUCACGGCCGAGCACCCCGGGAUGCGAACGUACUGCCUGGGGGCUGAGACCCCCGAGGAGCUGCACGCCUGGGUCUGUGCCCUGCGCCGGGGGGCAUCGCCCCUGCCCGGCUCACUGGGGUACGGGGGCUUAGGGGCACAGGGGGUACGGGGGGCAUCGCCCUUGCUCGGUAAAGAGGUUAGAGGGGGUAGGAGGGCGCAGGGGGCAUUGUCCCUGCCCUGGGGAGUGGGAUACGGGGGGCACGGGGAGCACCGAGGGGCACGGGAGGCAUCGCCCCUGCCCAGAGGAAGGGGGUGCCCCCAGCGCAGGAGGAGCUCCCGGCCCGGGAGGACCCCGGGGCCGCUCUGGGGGGACCGCGGGGACGCCCCGACCCCGAAACCACUCCCGCAGGUGGGUCCGGCCCCGUCCCCGCCCCGCCUCCUUUAG